CCCGGUGUGCGCCCGCCCGCCCGCCCCGGCGCCGAGGAUGCUGCGCUGUAUGCCGCCGCUGUGGCGCUGCAACCGGCAGGUGGAGACGCUGGACCGGCGGCACUGCUCGCUGCAGGCCGUGCCCGACGACGUCUACCGCUACAGCCGCUCGCUGGAGGAGCUGCUGCUCGACGCCAACCAGCUCCGCGAGCUGCCCAAGCCUUUCUUCCGACUUCUGAACCUGCGCAGGCUGGGCCUGAGUGACAAUGAGAUCCAGCGCCUCCCUCCCGAGGUGGCCAAUUUCAUGCAGCUGGUGGAGCUGGACAUCUCCCGCAACGACAUUCCGGAGAUUCCUGAGAGCAUCAAGUUCUGCAAGUCCCUGGAGAUCGCAGACUUCAGCGGAAACCCCUUGUCCAGGCUCCCCGAAGGCUUCACCCAGCUGCGCAACCUGGGCCACCUGGCCUUGAACGACGUCUCCUUGCAGAGCUUGCCCAGUGAUGUUGGCAACUUGGCAAACCUGGUGACCUUGGAGCUUCGUGAGAACCUGCUGAAGUGCCUCCCGGCAUCACUCUCCUUCCUUGUCAAACUAGAGCAGCUGGACCUCGGGGGCAACGACCUUGAAGUGUUGCCAGACACCCUGGGCGCCCUGCCCAACCUGCGCGAGCUCUGGCUGGACAGGAACCAGCUCUCCUGCCUGCCCCCGGAGCUGGGCAACCUGCGCCGGCUGGUGUGCCUGGACGUCUCCGAGAACAAGCUAGAGCAGUUGCCCAAUGAGCUCAGCGGGUUGGUGGUGCUGACGGACCUGCUUCUGUCACAGAACUUGCUGGAGGUGGUUCCCGACGGCAUCGGCCAGCUGAAGCAACUCUCCAUCCUGAAGGUGGACCAGAACCGUCUCACCGAGGUGACCGAGGCCAUCGGGGACUGUGCAAACCUGUCGGAGCUUAUCCUCACCGAGAACUUGCUACAGACCCUCCCCAGGUCUCUGGGGAAACUCGCCAAGCUGACCAACCUCAACGUGGACCGGAAUCGCCUGACGGUGCUUCCAGCAGAGAUUGGGGGCUGCAGCAGCCUGAACGUCCUCUCCCUUCGAGACAACCGCCUGGAAUUGCUGCCCCCGGAGCUUGCUGGCACCACUGAGCUGCACGUCCUGGACGUAGCAGGCAACCGGCUGCAGCACUUGCCCUUCGCCCUGACCAACCUGCACCUGAAGGCCCUCUGGCUGGCAGAGAACCAGUCGCAGCCCAUGCUCAAGUUCCAGACAGAGGAGGAUGAGAAGACGGGGGAGAAAGUGCUCACCUGCUACCUGCUGCCCCAGCAGCCGUCUGCCAGCUCAGAGAACCUCCUGCAGAACAGCCUGGACGAGAGCUGGGCAGAGGCCAACCCCAACCGCAUCAGCGUGAUCCAGUUUCUGGAGGACUCCCAAAUGGAGGAGGAGGAGGAGGAAGCCGGCACUGAGAAGAGGGGGCUGCAGCGCAGAGCCACUCCGCACCCCAGCGAGCUGAAGUCCAUGAAGAAGGGAAUGGAAGUGCGGCGCAGUGAGGCCUCCGUGGCAGCUAGGCAAGACUCCGCUAUCUCUGAGGGCAAGAGGCUAAGUGCUGCCUCCAACCACAGCGAAGACUCCCGCGUCUCUGGUAGCACCCUCUCUGCCAGUGGAGGCCCAGAGGAGGGGCGAGAGGUGCCACAGCCAGAGGGCGUGGCAGAGGCUCAGCUGGAGGGAGGGCGGAAGCUGGUGGCCGAGGAAAAGGCGUCCCCAGAGGAGGGGGCCACGCUGGAGGAGACGGUGGGGGACCAGGAAGAGGAGCCGGAGUUGGACUACUCUGAGCCCACGGUGCACUUUGCGGAAGACACCCUGGUUCGCAGUGAGGACGAGGACGAGGAGGCCCCCCCAUUCCCCACGGGAAAGCAGCGGCUGAUCCGCAAGGACACGCCCCACUACAAGAAGCACUUCCGGAUUGCUCAGUUGCCCCACCCGGAGGCGGUGGUGGCCCUCCUGCAGGGCUUUGGGGCCAGUGGGGGCCCCCAGGAGGAGGAGGAGGAGGAGGAGAAGCCGGAGGAGCAGGAGGAGGCCCUGGAGCAGGCAGCAUGGGGCCAGGCAGAGGUGGCCAGCGAGGGGGGCCCAGCGGUCCCACCCUCGGUCAAGGGGGUGUCGUUUGACCAAGCCAAUAAUCUGCUGAUUGAGCCCGCGCGCAUUGAGGAGGAAGAGCUGGCUCUAACGAUCGUGCGGCAGACGGGCGGCCUGGGCAUCAGCAUUGCGGGGGGCAAAGGCUCCACCCCCUACAAGGGGGACGAUGAGGGCGUCUUCAUCUCCCGGGUGUCAGAGGAGGGACCUGCAGCACAGGCCGGGGUGCGCGUGGGGGACAAGCUCCUGGAGGUGAACGGGGUGUCCCUGCACGGCGCUGAGCAUCACGUGGCGGUGGAAGCCCUGCGGGGCUCGGGCAGCAGCGUCUCCAUGACGGUGCUGCGGGAGCGGAUGGUGGAACCUGAGAACGCCAUCACGGUGACACCGCUGCGGCCUGAAGACGAUUACAGCCCGCGGGAAUGGCGUGGAGGGCUGCUCUUGGCCGCAGGGGCCAAGGACACCACCCUGACCGAGCGACUCUCAGCCUGCCUGGUGCGGAACGAGCGGGGCCUCGGCUUCAGCAUUGCCGGGGGCAAAGGCUCCACCCCGUACCGGCCAGGGGACACGGGGAUCUUCAUCUCCCGGAUUGCGGACGGGGGGGCUGCCCACCGGGAAGGGACGCUGCAAGUGGGCGACAGGGUGAUCUUGAUCAACGGGGUGGACAUGACGGAAGCCCGGCACGAUCAGGCUGUAGCCCUGCUGACCGCCUCCCCGCCCACCAUUGCUCUGCUGGUAGAGAGAGAGGCGGCACCCCAAGAGAAGGACCUGCCUGUGGGGCCACGAGGGCCCCUGGCCUCCUCGCCACCGCCUCUGCCCCCCCAAGGAGAGACCCUGCUGGAGGAGGCGGCAGUGUGCCGCCCCAGGAGCCCGCUGCCCGAAGGCACGGAGAGCCAGUACCCCACCGAGGAGGUUUGCCUGGUCAAGGCCGGGGGGCCCCUUGGCCUCAGCAUCGUAGGAGGCAGUGACCACUCCAGCCACCCCUUCGGCAUCCACGAGCCGGGAGUCUUCAUUUCCAAGGUCAUUCCACACGGCCUGGCCUCCCGCGGCGGCCUGCGUGUGGGAGACCGGAUCCUGGAGGUGAACGGCCUCGAUCUGCGCCAGGCAACCCACCAGGAGGCUGUCAGCGCUCUGCUCUGCAGCACCCCGGAGCUGCGGAUGGUGGUCAGGCGAGACCCUCCCCCGCCUGGAAUGGAGGAGAUUUGCAUUGAAAAGAGGCCUGGAGAGAAACUGGGCAUCAGCAUCCGAGGUGGCGCCAAGGGCCACGCGGGGAACCCCUUCGACCCCACCGACGAGGGGAUCUUCAUCUCCAAGGUCAGCUCUGCUGGGGCAGCGGCCCGCGACGGCCGGCUGAGGACGGGCUUGCGCAUCCUGGAGGUGAACCAGCAGAGCCUGCUGGGCAUGACCCACGCGGAGGCUGUCCAGGUCCUGCGGGCCGUGGGGGACCGGCUGUUGGUGCUGGUUUGCGAGGGCUUUGACCCCAAAGCCAUGGCUGCCCUUGAGCUGUCUCCCGGAAUCAUCGCCAACCCUUUUGCGGCCGGCAUGGGGCGCAAGAACAGCCUGGAGAGCAUCUCGUCCAUCGACCGGGACCUCAGCCCGGAGGAGGCGGACCUUCUGCAGAAGGAUGGGGUCAGCACAGAGCCCCUGCAGCUGGAUUACCGGACGUUGGCAGCCCUGCCCAGCAACAGCAGCCGCCUCCAGAAAGGCCCCCGCAGCGGCCUGGCAGUGGGGGAAGCCGAGUCCGCCCAGCGGGAGCCUCCCAGCAGCCAGCAGUGCUUGGCCCCGUCCCAGCCUUUCUGCCUGGUGGGCAAAGAGACACGUUUUACCAAGCCUGGGAGAAUUCAGCCAGUCUCUCGCCUACGCCUGACCUCGGCCCUGGGCCCCGUGGAGGGGCAGGACAGUCCCAGCCCUUUUCAGCAGCCUGAGCUGGCCUCUAGCCCCAACGGUCUGCCUCGGCAGUCCAGACCCCUCUCACCAAGUGAGGACCUCGCUCUCAGCGCCAAGCAGGCGUACAAGGCCUUGGCUGCCGUCCCAGGAUCGCAGCUGCCGUUGGAGCCGGAGGAGCCGCCAGGCCAGAGUGAUCCUGAUCAGGGGGCCCCCGUCUCUUCCGAGAGCCAGUGGGUGGGCCGCCCGCACAGCCCGGAGCAGCGGACCUUCCGCGAGAGGCAGAAGUACUUCGAGCUGGAGCUGAAGCAGCCGCUGCCUGCCGGGAAGCCCCUGAAGCGAGUCUCUCUGGUUGGGGAGGAAGACCUGAAGAAAAUGAAGGAGGAGGAAGCAGCUCGGAAACUCCAGCAGAAGCGAGUCCAGCUGCUGGAGGAGGAGGAGGAAGAGGAGGAGCAAAGCCGGGGGCCCCCCUCCAGCAUCUUCAUCGAGGGCGUUGAGUACAGAGUUGAGAAGCAGAACGGGAACAGCCUCCCCCCAACCGCCUGGAUGAGCCCCAUCUGCGCCAGAGGGGGGGAGCUGGGGGUGCCGGUCCGGACAGCCAAAGCCGAACGUCGGCAUCAGGAACGCCUGCGAGUGCAGAGCCCCGAGCUGCUGGCCGCCCCGGAGAAGGAGCUCUCCCCAGCCGAGCGCCGAGCCCUGGAAGCGGAGAAGCGGGCCAUGUGGCGAGCAGCACGAAUGAAGUCUCUGGAGCAGGACGCCCUCAAGGCCCAGAUGGUGAUUGCCAAAUCCAGGGAGAGCAAGAAGCGGGGCACAUUGGAGCAGCUGGCAGAGUCGCCUUCCCCGGCCCCCACGCCUUCCCCCACCCCCUUGGAGGACGGAGCUUUCCGUGUCGCAGUUUCACCAGGCCGGCUGUCUCUGCCUGAAAAGAAGUUCCUCUACAGGGAAUUUGCGGCCAUUCCUUCUUCCAAACCUGUAUAUGACAUCCAGACUCCAGAUGGGCGAGAAUCCUGCAAACAUCUCGGCAGCAACUCAGGGCGCCAGGACUGUGGUGGGACCUCGGAGCCCCUGACGACCCACGGUCCCUCUGUGGGCCAGGAGCUGGGCCUGUUUGGCGACGAGCGCAACCUCCAGCAGGCCCAACACAGCAUAGAAGCUGCCGUCCCGACAUAACAUGCCUGUCGUUGGAGACUGUGUGGACACUGCCAGGCCAAGGGGACAGAGUGGGGUGCUCAGCUGCUGGGCCCCUCGAUGGACCAUGGGGCUCUGGAUCCCCUUGCAAUGCGCUGGGGCAGAUUGUGACAAAUCGGAGAUGGAGCAUUGGGGGCAAGGGGAACUGAGGGGAUGUGGGGUCUGUAAAUAGUGGAUGGAGGACGGCCACAAAACUGUUUCCAUUUGGCAUCAGCUGUGGUCGCCAGAGACCUGCCAGGCGUAGCCAACCAGCAGUGGGGGCCCCGUGCCUGUCCCCCACCUUCCCUUGGGGCCCCAGCAGCACCUGCUGGCGGGGCGGGGGAACGUUUGGGCGCUGCCAUGCCAGGCAGGAUAGAGAAGGGUGAAGCCGAGUAGGGGCAGACUAGUGGUAUUAGGCGUGGCAAGGCAGAGGUUGGGGGUUGGAGUAGUGUGUGGGGAGGGGCACGGGGGCCUCUGGUGGUCCCAGGAUUGUGACUGUGGCCCCCACCGGUGCUUUGCAGCCUGGCCGGUGGAGCUGCAGGGCCAUCUGGGAAGGGGGGGGGUGAGGGACUUUCCUGGCACCCACCAGGCAGGCUGCCACUGUCCACAGGAUGAGGGCCGUCGCUUAGGCCAAACCGCUAGAGAGGCUCGUUUGAAUGGGCCGUUUGGUUUUAGGAAAGUAGCGUGGCUGGUGUCUCUCUCUCUCUUUCUCUCUCUCCUUCUCUCUCUCUCUCUCUCCUCUCCAGCUACGAAGGUGGCUGCCUCGCCCCCACCUAUUAGAGCGUUUGUUUUUAAACUAAUUUUAGCAUUUAAGGAGCAGCUGGGGAGUGGUCAGGCAGGGAUUCAGUGGCUAACUAACUUAUAGGUGCUGGGCUGUGAUCCAUCUCUCCUCCCCGCAGGGUAUUCCGGGGGAGAUCAGGACUGUAACUAGUGACAUUUGUACAACCAAAGAAAUCUAUUUUGUGGAUCAAUGACAAUAAAGUUUACUUUACCUUUUAGA